GAAGGGAGCCGCAAAGGCCCGGCCUGGCUUUCCUCCCUCUGCUUGGCUGAAGGGGGCGGAGGCAGCCGCGGCCCUCGCGUCCCCUCCGCCACCGCCUCCUUCGCCAGACCCCCGUUAUGUCCUGCGUUCACUCGGUUACAGGGAACUGCUGGGCGAAGGGAAGAAGCGGCGGCGGCAGCGCGAGUCCGGCGGCCGACACGACACGGGCUCAUCGGAGGGAAGAGGCGGGACAUGGCGGAGACGGAGGAGAGAGGCGACGGCGGCUCGGUGCACGAGACCCGCUUCGAGGCAGCCGUCAAGGUGAUCCAGAGCCUGCCCAAAAACGGUUCAUUCCAGCCAACAAAUGAAAUGAUGCUCAAGUUCUAUAGCUUUUAUAAGCAAGCAACUCAAGGACCUUGCAGUAGUCCAAGACCUGGAUUCUGGGAUCCUAUUGGUAGAUACAAAUGGGAUGCAUGGAGCGCUUUAGGUGAUAUGCCCAAAGAAGAUGCUAUGAUUGCCUAUGUUGAAGAAAUGAAAAAGAUUCUUGAAACAAUGCCAAUGACAGACAAGGUUGAAGAACUCCUACAUGUAUUAGGCCCAUUCUAUGAAAUUGUUGAGGAUAAAAAGACCAGAGGAUCUAGCAUAAUAGCAGACCUUGGUUAUUCCAUAACGUCUAUGCCAGCUGUGAAUGGCAAAUCUGAAAGCAGCGACAGCGGAGCAGAGUCAGAGGAGGAACCUCACCAGGAAGAAAUAACAGAGCUAAAGCAGGUUGAAAAAGAAAGUGAAAGUCUGGGACCAGAUUUGACGCCUGCUCAGGAGCUGGACUGUGUUGUCGCCAAUGGCUGCUGUGAAGAUGUCCCAAAUACUGACAUUCACAAUGGCAUACAGACUAAAUCUGCUCUGAAUGGUAUAAAUGUGGAUGAAGAAGUAAAGAAGAGAGACAAACGCCUUGAACUACCUAUAAUGUCUAAUUUUGGGUCUUCUCACCAAGGUGCAAAUGAAGAUACUGCUGAAGAGGUCUCUGGCAUUCAGCACUUGACAAGUGAUUCGGAUAGUGAAAUAUACUGUGAUUCUAUGGAGCAGUUUGGACAAGAAGAGAUAUUGGAGUCAACAAAAGCAUUUUCAAAACAUCCAUUACAUUUCUCAGAAGUAGACCACAGCAGUCUGCUGGGUGCUUCUGGUUUUCUUGAACUUGGAAAUUACAAGACAGAUGGUAUAAUGGUGGCUGCAAUUGAAGGAAAAGGUGAAGUCAAGUGUGGUGGUGAGGAUGGCAAGGCAAGUGAUGGAGGCCCUCACAAAGAAAAGAAAGGUGGUGAAAAGGUGGAUUUCUACGGAAUCAGAAGAGGGAGAGGUCAUAGAAUGCACCCUUUGGGUGAUGGUGCCCAAGGUGGACAAAUGGGUAGUGGAGGAGAUGGAGAACGAUGGGGGUCAGAUAGAGGACCAAGAAGUGGCCUCAAUGAACAAAUUGCAGUAGUGCUUAUACGAUUACAAGAAGAUAUGCAAAAUGUCCUUCAGAGAUUGCAUGCAUUGGAAACACUGACAACUUCACAGACAGGAACUUCAACCGUACAUUCAAAUAAUCAGACUCCCUCACCUGCUAAGAGACCUUCCUGGUGGCCAUUCGAGAUUUCUCCUGGUACUUUAGUCUUUGCUGUUUUCUGGCCAUUUGUUGCCCAGUGGCUGGUACAUGUGUAUCUUCAAAGAAGAAGGAGAAAACAGAACUGAGGAUUCAAUUCCUGAUUUUACUUAAGGACUGCUAACAUGGAGACUCUGGAAGGUGAAGUAAUUUAAGAGACCUGCAAGAACUGCAGAUGCUGGGAUGGCUACAUCUUUCUUCUAUUUUUUCCCCUUUUGCACUACCUGGCAUACCAUACUUGAAUGGUCCCUUUCUCUUAGGUUACAAAUAAAUACAACUAUCCCAUCCAGCAAUCACACGAACCCUAAA